AUAUUACUAAGUAAACAGAAAAUUUUCGGCUAUAAAUACUAUUGACAAUUGAAACAAGUUAUUCAAACCCAAGUCAGCUUGUGUCGAAAAAACAGUUUUCUUACAAACUCAAAUAACAAAUCAUAUAAAAGCAAAUCCUUUCAAAAUGUUCAAGUUUAUCAUUGUUACAUUGGCCAUCAUUGCUAGCGCUGCAGCUGCUCCUGGCUACUUGGGUGGUUAUGGUGGUCUUCUCGGUGGUCAUGGUGGACUAAUUGGUGGUCAUGCCAUUGCUGCUCCAGCUAUUUCAUAUGCUGCACCAGCACCUGCCAUUUCUUAUGCUGCUCCUGCCAUUAAAUACGCUGCACCUGCCAUCUCUUAUGCUGCACCAGCUCCUGCUAUUUCAUAUGCUGCUCCUGCCAUUAAAUAUGCUGCUCCUGCCAUCUCUUAUGCUGCACCAGCUGUUAAAAUAGCUGCUGCUCCCGCCAUUUCAUACGGUCAUGGUUUGGGCGGUUUGGCUUUGGGUGGUCAUGGUUUGGGUUUGGGUUAUGGUCAUGGCUGGUAAGACCCCCCCCCCCAAAACAAAUACAUACAUACUGUAAUAAUGUUUUAAGCAAAAGCAACAAUAACAACAAGAAAACAACAAUAACAGUAUUUAAUAUUGAGAACGGGUUUGGGAAAUAAAAGGAAGUGUAUGGUGUAUUUAGUAGCGAGACUGUAUACUUUUUGUUUCACAAAAAAAAGAAAAAGAAAAACGUAAAAUCUUUGAAGUUUGAAA